AUGGCACCUGAGCAUUCGAUAUCUGAGAAAAUGUGUGAAUACGAGGGAGCAACGAAUCGAAAAGAUCUCGCUCCAGCACUGAAAUUACCAGAAAAUGACAAUAAGAAAUGCUACAUUAAAAUAAUUCUGCCAUCUCAAAGUGAUGAUAGUAUAGCAGAAACCGCCACAGAACCAGAAAUUAACCACCAAGUUCAUUUUCCUAAACUUGAACCACCACAAUGUUCUGUAACACCACGAUCUGAGUCAGUUUCACCAACGCCACAUCCGAACACCCCUGUUCCUGACGAACAUGACAUUGCUGGUCCAGUUCUUGUUUCUGGUGUCGGAGAUUCAAUCGCUACCAGAAAACAUCCAGUAGAAGUCCAAGAACAGUCGCGCCACGAGAAAAAGACUUUAGUUGAUCCUAAAGGCGAACUCGCAAUAUAUAACCGAACAGAUAUUGCAAAGCAUUAUCCUAUUCGAAGUCUACAAACCCCGAAAAAAACAUUACUUUUAGAACGACCCAAGAAUAGCAACUUCGCAGGAAGUUUUGUAGAUAUUGGUGGCUGGCAAGAUGAGCUGAAAAAGACAAAUUCUGUAACAGCGGAAGACAUUUUGAAGAAACGAUCCAAGACAUAUCCAUCUUUGCAUAGCAAAUCCCUGUGUAAGGCCUCCAAAUUUAGAUUUGAGCACCAUGAAGAUUUGACGAGAUAUAUUAGAGAUUAUAGAUAUACGCAGACUGUCGGGAAAAUGGGUAGAAGAUUGUGGGAUGGAUCUCAUCAGAAUCUGCACCAUCAUAAUGGAUCCCAGCGAUCUCUAGGAGUUCCUGGUUUUCGAGUAAAGACUACGGAUCCAGUAGCUCGUACCUUCUUACCAAAUACACCCAGAAUAGCUACUGAUGUGAACCUUCAUGGUGGUUGUAUUCUUUGUGAACAGGAAAAGUUCAGACUUCGGAACAGUUUUCCCAAAAGAGUGUUUUUAAGUUGGUCUCAAUACAUGACUCUAUGCAAAUCAAAUACGUUUAUGAUGUCUCAGGCGAGCACUGGAGUGACUGAACUGCCACCACGCGAAACGCCAACCACCCCGUAUCCCACACCACGUUCAGUAUCAGCAUAUUCACCAACUCGACCAAUACGACUCCUAAACCAACGCGAAAAGGCUUCGGACCUGAACUUUAAAUAUCAGAGCCUCAGCGAAAGGAAACCAAGACAGAUUGUCCAAAGGAGAUCCAUGCCUGAACAGAACUCUAUUGUUGAUAAAACAUUGUUAGUGUACAGAUUGAGUGAGAAGAUGAGACAAUCCACAAGUCUGUCAAAAUUAGAUCAAAUUGAUGCAUCUGGAAACUAA